UUGUGUUAAAUGGCCGCAAGUCAUCGGUGUUGAUUGACGCUUUACAUUGUAUAUAAAAGAUUUUUCAAAAUAAAGUAAUAAAAGUGUUGUGUACCAUUCUUCUGGUGUCAGGAAGAAAAACCAUGGACAAUGAAAAUUUGUCGGUAAUUUGCCGUGAAAUCACGAUGAGGAUUCAUAAUAAGAUUCUUAGUCGUUCGCUAUCGUGUAAGGACGAAGAUCGAGUACGGAUUUUGGCCGCCCAAAUGGUAGAGAUCGAAGAGAAGCGUAAUGACGUAUCAGAUGAGAAGGUCAAGUUAUCCUGCAAAAAUUGGUCAAUUGGUGUUCUUCUUCAUAGAUUUUCUGUAAAAUAAACGAACUGAAAUUCAAUAGAAUAUUGUUCUGGCCUUGGCAAAGAAAGAGAAGAAAAAUUUAUGUUGCAAACUUUACGAACGGUCAA